CUUUCUGACUGUUAAACUUCGCUUGGAUGGCCUGUUUUGGUUACCCGAUACUUUUAUCGACGGUAAAGGAGGAGAGAUUGAAGUUGGGGACCAAAAACAACAAAAUCCUCACUUGUUUCCGUUAAACUGUCGGGCAGCUGAGAAAUCCCGAUUCCAUUGGUUCGGGGGUUCAAGCCAAACCGACAUCAGCCGGAAAGACGGGUGCAAAUUGUCAGCUUAAGGUAUUUUGAAAUAAGGCUUGUUAUUUCCUAGAACGAUGUCCGAAAAGAAAGUUAAUUAUUCCAAACCUGAUUCAGUGAAGUUUUCACAACAGAAAUCAGAAAAUGAGAAUAAAAGAAGUGGAGCCAUUAAGACUAAAGGCAUCUUGGAUAGUCCCUCAGUCCUUUUCAGUGAACGUUUGCACCCCAAUUUUGCAAUUAGUCAACCUUUGUCAGAAGAUGGAAUCAUUAGCUUCACAAAGAAGAGAAAUUUCAAUUUUUGUGAGCGAGCCAAAGAAUACUUUGCUGAUCGUAGCCACCAGUUGAAAGUUAAUAGAGCAAUUGGAGGUAGCAUCAAUGAGAAAAAUAAAAUUGGAUUUUUACAACAACUGAAUGGAGAAAUCCAACAAAGUUUUGACAUUGAAGAACAAAGAAUGCAGCAUCGAGCAGUUGGUUCUAUCUCGUCCCCGUCUGUAUCAACUGAAGACGUCAAUGGUAAUUUUAGUCUUGUGAAAAUGUCGACCACAUCUUCGUCACCGUCUCCUACCGCAACUUGCAGUUAUUGCGGAUUGCAAGGAUUAAAUCGGUGUGCACAGUGCAAGCAGCUCUAUUGUUCAGUGAAAUGUCAGAAGAUUGACUGGCCAUCACAUGGGCCUGUGAGACACAUGCAUGUCAGCAACUUCCGGAACAAAAGUGAAUGCUGUCUUCAGUAUGCCGUCACCAAUCGCGCGGAGGGUGCUGAAAGCCUACAGCAGGCUAGUAGGAAACCCCAGUCUAUUUCAGACAGAGUAACACAUGCCGAGUUCCCACUGGUUGCCACUCUAGAUGCAGCUGCAAUGGCAGCACAACUCAAGACAGGCGUGGAGAUCAUCAAGUCAUCCAAGUUCCCAGCUGCCCAGGCUCCAGAUCCCGAUCAAACUUCUGAGGUGGAGACUGACUACUGGCCAGGUUCAGGUACCAUAGGAGCAGACAGGAGGCGGGGGAGUGAACGAGAAGAUGAGGAUGAGGAAAAACUCAGACGUCGACAACUCCAGGAGGAGCAGCUCAGCAAAAUCCAGUCAGGCCUUGGGAAGCUUAUCCUGAAGGAAGAUUUGGAACAGGAGAAGCAAGCCCGAUUAGCCUCUCAAACUCUCCAUGCCGACAUCCAGUUCAGACAUCGUUAUGAUUCAGCAGGGAAUGCAUCCCUGCAUGCUUCUGCCUCCAAAACAUCUUCCCUUCCUGGUUAUGGAAGAAAUGGGCUACAUAGGCCACAGUCCACAGAUUUCACACAAUAUGACAGCUACAGUGACGUAGGAGAGGGUGUCAGAGAUUCUCAGUGA